GUAUUCAGAAUGAAUCUGGAAAAGCUCAGCAAACCAGAACUAUUGACGCUAUUUAGUAUCCUUGAAGGAGAACUAGAAGCAAGAGAUCUUGUCAUAGAAGCUUUAAAGGCCCAACACAGAAACACUUUCAUUGAAGAACGCUAUGGAAAGUACAACAUCAGUGAUCCACUAAUGGCUCUGCAGAGAGAUUUUGAGAUGCUGAAGGUGGGAAAUCAUGGUGAAAAACAGCCAGUUUGCUCCAAUCCUUUGUCUAUCCUAAAAGUAGUGAUGAAACAUUGCAAGAAUAUGCAGGAAAGAAUGCUCUCUCAACUAGCUGCUGCCGAAAGCAGGCACAGAAAGGUGAUCCUGGAUCUUGAGGAAGAAAGGCAGCGGCAUGCCCAAGACACGGCUGAAGGAGAUGAUGUCACCUACAUGUUGGAGAAGGAGCGGGAACGGCUGACUCAGCAGUUGGAAUUUGAAAGGACCCAAGUGAAAAAAAUUGAAAAAGAGCAGAAGAAGCUGUCGAGCCAAUUGGAAGAAGAGAGGGCACGCCACAAACAGCUGUCCUCCAUGCUUGUACUAGAGUGCAAGAAAGCCACAGCCAAGGUAGUCGAAGAGGGACAGAAGGCAGGGGAGCUGAGCUUGAAACUGGAGAAAGAAAGAAGCAAAGUGAGCAAGCUGGAGGAGGAGCUGGCCUCCAAGAAGAAGCGGGGCUUGCAAAUGGAGGCACAGGUAGAAAAGCAGCUCUCUGAGUUUGACAUCGAAAGAGAACAGUUGAGAGCCAAGCUGAACCGAGAAGAGAACCGGACAAAGGCACUCAAGGAAGAGGUGGAGAGCCUGAAAAAGGCCCUGAAAGAACUGGAGGUUGCUUGCCAGGGCAGCAACCCUGCUGCACAACAUCAAAACCCCUCAGUGAUAUCCAGAGAUGUAGCAACAGACAGCCCCCUGGUGAGGUCUGUGUCUUGCCAGACAGAAAGUUUUCAGGCAGACAGCACCAGUCUGGGCAGUGUGGGCAAAGCUGCACACAUGACCCUUCCUAACCCGUCCACACCUACCCAGCCCUAUGCUAAAGCGAAUGGGCACUGUGAGACAGAGAUGCAGCCAAGUGGGGAGCUAGUGCAGACAAACGUAGCAGAGAACCAGGCACCACUGAGAGAGAAGCCCGUUGGGCCAAUCCCAGAAAGUGCAGUUGAGAAUGGAGGUUCCCCUGUAAGAACAGAAUCUCCUGUUUAUAUGAUCUCCCAGCUCCCUUCUGGUGGGACGUCUGUCUCUCCCAGCAACACAGCUGCCUCAUCUCUGUCGUCUUCUCCAUGCUCGUCCCCAGUUCUGACUAAACGCCUGGUGGGAACUUCAGCAAACAGCCCUGGUUACCAGUCGUCCUACCAGGUUGGGAUCAACCAGCGUUUCCAUGCUGCCAGACACAAAUUUCAGUCCCAAGCUGAUCAGGACCAUCAGUCAAGCGGCCUGCAGAGCCCUCCAUCGCGGGAUUUGUCUCCUACCCUUGCAGACAACUCCGCUGCCAAACAGUUAGCCCGCAAUACAGUCACUCAGGUUCUUUCCCGAUUCACCAGUCAGCAGGGACCUAUAAAGCCAGUCUCGCCAAAUAGCUCACCCUUUGGCACAGACUACCGGAAUCUGGCAAAUGCAGUGAGCCCAAAAAGUGAGUCCAGCCCAGGCAAAGUUUCUAGUCCACUGAGCCCAUUGUCUCCUGGAAUUAAAUCGCCAACAAUUCCCAGAGCAGAAAGAGGGAACCCUCCACCUAUUCCUCCGAAGAAACCUGGCCUGGCUCAGUCCCCGGCAACUCCUGGCCCACUAACCAAAACCCCUUCCCAGGCAUCCUCUGUCGGUGCCCCUGUGGACUUGGCAAGUAGCUGCUCUAACAAUGCUGUAGUAGCAAAUGGUAAAGACAUUGACAUACUGUUGCCAACUAAUAGCUAGUCUUUAGAAAAUGUGACUGUAGCAUUCCAUGGCUUAGCAUCCUAGAGCUAAGACACUGUUUUAUCCACUCCAUGUUAUUUAUUUGGGUAGUAGCAGAAUGCCUCUGUGUAAUACAUGCAGUGUAUUCUCUUUUUUAAAAUAGUUAGGAAAUUAUUUUUAUGUUGAUGUAUAAACCUUAACUAUAGCGCUGUAAGGUAGCCUUUAACGGAGUCUCAUGUCAGCAGUCAAAUGAAAUGAGAAGGUAGAAAAUUUUGUGCUGGGAGCUGAUUAGCAAACUAUAAUGGGACUGAAGCAUUCAUUGUAAAUUAUGCAGAAAGAACUUGUGCAGAUUUUUAUUCCAGAUGAACACUGUAUAAAAAGUGCCUGAACUAAGCUUGUGAUAUGAAUGUGGUUCUCUGUCCAAAACAAAAAAAGGGACCAUCUAACCACAGAAAUAACAGCUCUUCUAUGAAUCAUGAAUGUUUAAAUCAACACUGUUUUUAAUCCUUUCCAGUUGUUCUUAAAUCAGGUUUGCCAGCAACGUACCACAAAUAGAGAAUGAAAAUCUUUCGAAGGUGACCACCGCAGUGGCCCCAGUUUUGCCCUGUAGCUCCUGUUUGCUGUCAGACGCAGGAGACGCACAUGAAUGUGUGUGUUAGGGUAGAAUUCGGACCUACUGUUCAGCUCUGUGUAACCCAGUCCCUUUUUUUUUCCACUGGAGUUGUCCAAAACCAGUGGCAGCAUUAAACAUAAACAAUCAGGGUGCCAGUUUUCCUGCAGUUCAUUCAUUUCCUAAGUAGAUGUCUCACUGUAGAUUAAAUGGCUAAAGAUUAAUUCCUGGUGCUUCACCUUUGAUUUUUUUAAAAUUCUUCAAGCAAUCUACUGUUGUGUGUAUGUGUGCGUAGAACUUUUGAGAUAAGGAACUUGCUAUUACUUGAAAAGAGAAAUCGCUAGUCAUUCUAUACAGUAAGAUGGGAUCUUUACUAAAAUGAAAAGCAAUAACUUAAGUUGCUCACUUUGUAACAAUACUGUAUGUCAGACUGACAGAUUUUAUUGAUGCGUUUGCUAGCCUAUUUGGCUGCAGCUGUGGAACCAAAUGUUAACUCUUUCUCAUAUAUAUAUAUAUAUAUAUAUAUAAUGUGUGUGUAUAUAUAGAUGCACCCAUGUACAUGUUACACACAAUACAUAUAUAAAUCAUAGUCUGGGUAUGUUAUUGAAGUUCUCCAUAAUUCAUAAAGAAAAGGUAGACAUACAUAUUUUUAAGAUUAUAAAACGAGAACAGGGUUGUUUGUUUUUUAAUUAAAAACAGAUAUUUCAGUUUUGCUGCUUGAUGUCAGUCCAUUUUUAACCAUUCUGCCAACGGCAAUAUGAAACCUACAUCUGGAGAAGUGUUUACUACUGUUGGGUGCUUGCUCCUAUGUUUUAGUUAUUUAGCACUCGACUAAACAAAGCACUUGCUACCUUAUUGUAGGAAAGAUUCCUGCAGUGGUUGGGACGAUGCAUUCCUAUACAUGAUAUAUAUAUAUAUAAGGUCUCUUCCAGCUCUAAUUUAUAGGACCUCAGAGUUCUUGACUUGUUCUAGUAGAUGCUGUGCUAGCCAACCUCUUUGUACGCCUAACCCAUAUGAUAAAACUUUGGCAUAACACAAUAGAAAUGGUUAGAUAUGUUUUUAUGGACUUCUAAAUAAUAAAUGUGUGCAUCACUGAUCCUAUUUAAUUGUAAUGGCCCAUAUACACCAAGAGUAGAAAAAUAGAAGAAUGCUACAGCUAAAUACGUAGAGACUCUUGGGAAAGCACAUUGAAAAUUUGAUUUUACCACAGCAAUUUUUUCUCCUGAUUAAUCAGAAUAACAGCUGAAAACUGAUUGUGAAUGGAUUUUAGCUAGAGUAUCAUUCUAAUCCAAAAUUGAGUGUUCCAGCAACUUCUUUAACCAGUUUUCUUGCUUUACGCUAAUCUUAAGUGGUGAUGUACCAUUUCUUUAUGAUAUAACUCUACAGAUAUAUAUACUAUAGUGAAGUUUAUUUCUUAGGAAAUGCACUGAAUACUGUAUUUCUUCUGCAGUGUAAUAUGGGGAGGGACAAUGCAAGAGAAAAUGUGUAUUUUUGGUAGUGGCCUAUCUUCUGAGAUACAAUAAGCACAAAUAUUAAAAUGCAUUCAGCUAAUCCAAUAAGAAAGGUAGGAUUAGUACUUACAUUUUUCAAGUAGAUUCUGUGUGUGGAAGCAACUAAAACUUUCUUCUAUGAUUUACAUCCUAGUUAUAAGCCAACAUUGCUGCAGAGCUUUGUCACUGGCUGUUGGGGUUAUAAUGAAGUGCAAAAUGCAUACACUAGUAUUCAUUAACAUUUGUAAAUUUGUAAAGCCAAAUGUACCAAGCAGAAGUCUUGAAUCAUUUUUAUAGCUGACAGCAUUAAACGUGUUAAACGUUCAUACUAUCAAUAAAGUGUUUUAUUUUUAAGAUCUUA